AUGGCUGACUUUGGCGUUGGGGUGCCAGACGAAAUCGCGAGAUUAUCGCUGGGCCAGGGCUCUGCUCCUCAGGAUACGCUGCCGCCCAACAUCAGGAGCGAGGGUGUAGUCGCCGUGGACAUAACGGCAAAAUUUUCAGAUGCUGUCAAGACCCUUGAGCCUGGGGCCAUCGUCAAGGAUGGCUUCUUUACGCUGUUUGACUCUGUCUCAGCUCUGGAGAUCAUGGAUCCCAAGAUGGACAGCGGGUGCUCCACCACAGACGCUGAAGUGGAACAUCUUUAUGACGUCUCCAGACCACUGCUGCCAGAGGAGGUCCUCGGCAUCAUAGACCAGCUCUUAUGUCAUGAGAUGUCAUGGCACCUGGGAUACCCUCUCUCUCAAACACUCUUCACAAGCUUCUACAUCGAAGCCCUCUCAAUGCCGGAUCCCCGAAGCAUCCAGGAAGCCACAUUUAUCCGCAACGGUGGCCAUGAUCCAGACGAACAGCCCAUGCUCCAGGUCCUGCGGGCAUAUUGUCUAAGCAUGCUCAAGAGCUGUGGUUACGUGAAUGAGAGAAUCAAGUCGGAGCACUAUUACGAGGAAGAGGAUUUCGUUACCAACACAUAUAACCGCACACUUAUGGCAAACCUACCAACAAGUGCGAUCCGGGACGUCCUAAUCGAGGCAAUGGCAGCUCUCAAGUCACAACGCGGCUCUGUCCCUGACAAUCUCGUUGACGCCCUGGUGCUUCGGCUAGAGCUGAGGCACAUAUUCCUGGAUGCAGUAGAAUGCCCAAAACACAUGAAAGAGCCUGAUUUGGCGAAGAAGCCCUGGAGGGAAGGCCUCGCCAUCUUACCGGCCUUGAACAAAUCUCACUCUCUCGCCUCACCGGUAGAUGAAGCCUUCAGCGCCAAGCUACAGAGGAAGCUGGCCAGCACUAUGCCUCCACGGCCCAUCGUUCAGCUGGAGUUUGACGUCGCUUUCGGCCACCUAAAGGGUCUGUUUGAAGACGGCCUAGAGCUCAUCGAUGUUUUACAUUAUAGGGACUCGCAGUGCUUGCUCACGUUUGUAUCUACAUUUCAAGCGAAGAAACCGCAGCCUAUAGUAUAUGUACGAACACUGCUACAGACAUUCCUGUUUGACGCCAUGGAAGUUCUAGGGUCUAUGAGUAUCCGCCAACUUCUUGACGAUGACUUUGCCAUUCUUACAAUGCCGGCACAUCAGUAUCUUGAUAGACUUAACGAUGAGGUCGAGGCUGUUCAAGAUCCACGGUACGCCAUGGCGCAGCAGAUGGAGCUCUUCAGGACAAGAGCAGCUCAGCCGUUUUUAGAUAUCCUACGCACGACUUGCCAGAAUCGAUGUCGCGUGAGAAGGACUCUGUGUCAUCUUCUUCGUGAUUGGGAGAGCCUCCAGGUAGAUGCGGAAGAAAUCGACCAGAUCCUCCAGGUCAAGGUAAAGGAGCAGCCGACCAUGCACUGGCCAUCAAUGAGCAGUGGUGGCGUGGAGUCUUAUUCGCUGCCCUUAUCAUCAUGGACAUAUUUAUACAAGCUACGGCAGAUGGAGCAGAUUAUCCAGCUAGGCUUUGAGCUGGAGGUUUACCAAUCCGAUGAACUUGCCGGCAUGUACUGGUACCUCAACUACAUCUCCAAGUCCCGCCUCCACCACACCGAACGGAUCAAAUCGUUUGUUAUCAAGAGAGUCGAGGAGACACACGGGCAGCCCGGAAAUUCAGACCCCACCAUCGCCGCACAGCUGCAGCGAUCGCUCAUGUAUACUCGCCUCUCGUUGCUAGACGCCGCCGUCACUUGGGAGUUGUCUGACUCGCUGUCUUGUCUGUACACUGUUCUGAAUCGCCUCAAGCUUAUCAAGGCGCCGCCUAGGCCGUAUGGCACCGACGAACUCCGGUACGAGAUUCGGAUGAGGCCGUUUGCGCCGGUUGGUCUUCCCGUCUUGCCUACCUUUGAGGAGUUUACGGCCGGAACGCUGCAACCCGACACGGGCAUCGAUGAGCUCUUUGAGUAUGCAGAGAGAGCAGUGGAGGGCGCUAAGAGAGGUUUCGAGGCCCUGAGUAAGAUGACAGCCGAGGAGUCCUUCUCCGUCGGCUCUCACCAACGAUGGGCCUCGGCUACCAAGAAUGGACUCAAGUCAUGCAUUGCCACGAAAAUCGCCAUUUCAGCAGUGCAAAAGGCGAUGGAAAAGUCAAAGGAUCUGGAUAAUUUGAAGAUCAAGGUCGAGAUUCCAACUCCGCAAAAGGCAUAUCAUGAAUCAUGGAUUGUUCCAAAGAUACUGCCAUUAGCAUGAAGCAGGCAUUUGUAAAUAUUUAAUAAAGAAAAAUGACUUAUU